AUGUUGUCUCUGCACCAAGCGUCUCGCCCUCUCGUCCGCGCCAGCCAGAUUUCCAGCCGCGUGCGGCCCUUCUCCAUUGCGGUUCCUGCUCGGCGCGAGGGCGAGAUAGUGACCCCCAAGCCCCGUGGGUAUCUGGCGGAGAAGAACCCACUCGUCCACCGCGACGCGGCCAAUGAAACUCACUUUGUGAAGAGUGAGGAGGCGGAGAAAUUCCGCCUGGUGCGGCAAAAGAUGCUUGAACAACGCCGUCAUCUCGAUGAGUUGGAGCGGCACAUCCAAGACCUUGCUAAAGAACAGGCCAAAGUGCGAUACUAG